AAAUGAAAAUGAGUUUUAAGCCUUCAAAGAGAACUCCAUCUACAUGACAAAAUGGAGAGAACUCUCUUUUCUCCAAAAGGGUCAUCAAAUUCUCAACAUGAUCACUUCCAAAUAUCCUACAUCAAUGGUAGUGGCCAUCAUCUUAACAUUGAUAAACAAAACAUCAAUACCCAACUAGCCCAAUCUAGCCACACCUCAACUAGUCACUCUUCCGAUUCCGACCAUUCAACCCGUGGAGAUGGGAAGUGGGCAUCUAGGCUCUUGAUGGAGUGUGCCACGGCCAUAUCCGAAAAGGACUCCGGCAAGAUCCAUCGCCUCUUGUGGAUGUUAAACGAACUCACUUCCCCUUAUGGAGAUUGCGAUCAAAAACUUGCGGCGUACUUCAUGCAAGCCCUCUUUUGUAAGGUCACCGAAUCGGGCAAUAAGUGUUACAAAACCCUAACGUCGGUUGCUGAGAAGAGUCAUUCGUUUGAUUCGGCUAGGAAGUUGAUACUUAAGUUCCAAGAGGUAAGUCCUUGGACAACUUUUGCUCAUGUAGCAUUAAAUGGAGCAAUAUUGGAAGCUUUAGAUGGUGAGAGUAAGCUUCAUAUAAUUGAUAUAAGCAACACUUUUUGCACUCAAUGGCCUACCCUUCUAGAAGCUUUAGCCACAAGAAACGAUGACACGCCCCAUCUUAGGCUCACCGUCGUGGCAACGGCUAACAUGGUUAGAUCGGUCAUGAAGGAUAUAUCCCAAAGGAUGGAGAAGUUUGCUAGGCUCAUGGGAGUUCCCUUUGAGUUCAAUGUAAUAAGUGGGAUAAAUCACUUGGGAGAGCUUACCAAAGAAGGACUAGGCAUACGUGAGGACGAAGCAAUCGCGGUGAACUUCAUAGGAGCCUUAAGAAGAACCGAGGUAGAAGAACGAGAAUCCAUGUUUCGAAUGAUACAUUCGCUUAACCCUAGAGUUGUAACGGUUAUGGAAGAAGAAGCCGACUUCUCUAGCACGAGAGAAGAUUUCGUGAAAUGCUUUGAAGAGUGCCUUAGGUUCUAUACGUUAUACUUCGAGAUGCUAGAGGAGAGUUUUCCCAUUGCAAGUAACGAAAGGUUGAUGUUGGAAAGGGAGUGUUCGAGAAGCAUCCUUAAGGUUUUGGCAUGCGAAGAUAACAAAGGAGGAGAUUGUGAAAGAAGAGAAAGAGGGAGUCAAUGGUCGAAGAGACUCAAAGAGACAUUUUCUCCGGUGACAUUUAGCGACGAUUCACUCGAUGAUGUGAAGGCACUUCUAAAGAGAUAUCGGAUCGGUUGGACCCUAAUGCUACCGCAAGAGGCGGAUUCCACACCCGGGAUCUACUUGACUUGGAAAGAGGAACCGGUUAUAUGGGCAUCAGCUUGGAAACCCUAGAAAGGAUCAUGUUGAAGCUUCUAUAACCUUAUCUUCUUUUCUCUAUCUCUUGCAUACAAUAUUAUUAUUAUUAUUAUCCUAAAUGGUAAAGAUUAUGCUUUAUGUUUGGGAGUUUGUGCAGCUGCUUAUGCUUUGCUUUUCAUGAUUCCUUACUCUCUUGUUUGAAAGUGCUUGAUAUUGUGCUUCUUUCUACAAAUUCUAUCGGAUCUUAGUUCU